GCGGUGCAUCAUGGGAUAUAAGAUGUCUCCUAAGAGUGCUAGCUAAUGCUAAUUUAAGACAGAUAAGUGCGAAUAAAUAUAUAUAUAUACUCUUUUUUUCGAGCGGGUAAAGUAUCAGGACAUUGCCUUGAUAUUUUCACUGCAAUCUACUGUCGACAUGUCGACAAAAGCGGAGUCCAGAGUGUCCAGCUCCACCUCCAGGACCGAUGAAAGGAGGAGAUCGAGGAGCACAGGUCGAGAAAAAACAAAGCGUAAACGCAGCCGUAGCAGAUCUUCGUCAUCGUCCUCUUCCAGUUCGUCCUCAUCGUCAUCUUCGUCAUCAUCAUCGUCCUCUUCUUCAUCGGGUUCCUCACACUCAUCCAGCAGCAGUCGGAGUAGCUCAAGCAGCAGUAGUGACUCCCGGAGUAAAUCCAGAAAGCAGUCUAAGAAAAGGAAAAAGGAGAAACAACACAAAAAACCGAAGGGGAAGAAAGAGAAGCGACACAAACGUAAAAAAGACAAGAAAGCAAAAGGAGAAGAAAACACGGGACCUGUACAAAUCUCCAAGUACUUGAAGGACAAGAAAAAGGGCAAGUACAGCAUGAUAUCAGGGAAGAAGAUAAAGAUGAAAGUAAAGAAGUCAAAGAAAGACAAACAGCGGGAUAAAAACCGAGCAGAACUUCUCGAGUUCUUGAACUCUACCCUGUGAUGCCACUGUGGACGGCAGCAGUGGUGCUCGGGCUCCGACGUGUCAGCAGAACUCAGGAAACAGCAGCUGGGCUUUCUAGAAGAACAACAAUGAAGACGUUUUCUGAGAAAGACACGUUGAAUAAGACUCGCAUCGUCACACAGGGGCAGCACCGAGCCUGAAGGAGCUGAAGAGAUGCGUUCAGACCUCGAGCUUCCUUUUGACCAUGGAGCUGCCCAGGUGGCCGAUUAUUCAGCUUACGCUGGUAGCGUUUGUCAUAUGAGAAGUGUUUAUGUUGAGCAGCGUCAUCCAGAAUUUGAACCGUAACCCACUACAUCAGAUUAAAGUCAGUGACUGCCAGCGAUCAGCUUCUCCUCUUUGUUUGUGGUUUGAACCAUUUGGUCACCCAUCUGAAAGAGAAUUCCACCGAUUGAGCAUUUUACUCCUGUAACACAGUCGGACUCACAAAGGACCAGAGAUAUCGUCAUUUUUGUGUCACUCAUUUUUUAUUUCUUGGAAGAACCUGGCGCCUACAUUACCCACAAUGCAAGCAAUGCAAACAUGUGUUAUGCCAGUAGCAGCUAGUAGCCUCAGGCUCCACUCUGCUUCUAACGCCACACCUCCAGAUUAUUUUUAUAUUACAAACUUGUUGUCUUCAGCCCCAACAGAUGGUGACUGAAGUGACAUCAAUUGAGUCAACUUGGACUUCACGCAGCUCCUUCUGGAACCACAAAAAGCUUAAUGCAACUUUUCCUCCUUCAUACAGGUGCAUCUUAAUAAAUAAGAAUAUGAUUGAAAAGCCCAUCUCCAGUGGUUCAAGUCAAAUGGCCCCAACCAAGUAUUGAGUCAUAUUUCCAUAUUAAACAUACUUUUUAAAAUUGGUCUUUUGUAAUAACAUUUUUUUGCGACACUGAAUUUUAGGCCUUCAUUAAAUGUAAGCCAUAAUCAUUAUAAUUAGAAGAAUUUAAAGAAAUGAAGACAGGAAAUGUUUCGUUCUGUGUGUAAUGGAUCUAUAUAAUGUGUUAUUUCCACUUUUUGAAUUGAAUUACUGACAUAAAUAUACUUUUCUAUGAUCUUCUAAUUUAUUGAGAUGAACCUGUAUAUGGAAGUGCUCCCCAACACAUGUAAACAGACUUUAACGUGUACAAUUUAUUCCCAUUUAACAUGUUUUUUCUCUGCUGGCUCGACCAAUCAUUCAUCUCACCUGUACUACAUACAUUUCUUUUUUUUUUUGUAGAUAACUUUAUGUUUCCACAGUAAAUGUUGGCUGUGAGAGCCACAGUGUUCUCUAUGGAGGGAUAAUGUGUUCACUUCAGAAAGAAAUGUUUGCCCUGUUUUUUCUGAAAUAAUGAAAUACCGUAAGACCUCACCAUUUUAGUUUGAGACAUUGGGAAUUACUCGUCAGGUAAUAAAACAGUAUCACCUCUAGAUAUCUUGUUAAAUCAGAUAAACCAGGGAAAUAUUUUUUUCUCAAGUGAAUGCAUUACACUUCUGUGCUUAUCAGUGAUAUUAAAUGUGUACAUUUUGUUUAAAAUUGUAAGAGAAUCGACUGUUUAAUAGUACUGUAUGUCUUAUUUCAUAGCAUUCAUUUCCCCACAAUUCUGUCAUGAAUAUUGUUUAAAAAUCAGUCAUUUUAGUAAAUUGAAAUAUAAAAUUGAAUCACUCUUAGUCGCCCUGUAUCAAUGCAGUGCGAAGCUUUACAUGGACGAUGGAGUAACUCUGUUGUGUACUGUUGAUAUUUGAUGUGUGACAAACAGAAAAGAAACGGCAAUAAACUGCUGGGAAGAUUUUACUUCA